AUGCCUUCAGAGAGCGCCUCUUCUGUAUUGUUUAAAUAUCUCGAGAAGGCUUCACUCGAUCAUUACUACUCUCAAUUAAAAUUAAACGGAGUAACCAGUAUUGAAGCUAUUGCACAGCUAUCAGUACAAGAUGUCGCCAAUAAAAUUGGUGUAUCCAACGGAGGAGAUAGAAGAAAAUUCUUUGAACUAAUACAAGUGGCCAAGAAAAAUAUAUCAUCUUCAUCAUCAGGUGGAAAUUUUGAGAAUGAACAAAUGGCACUCAAUAGAUGUCCUGCUUUAGAUUUGAAUCCUAAAGCACAGGCAUUUGUUGAUGAUGAGAAAGAAAAUUAUGGCAAUGCCGAAGAAUCACUCUAUGAUUGGGAUGCUGCCGUGAAUAAUAUGGGUAACAAUAACGAUACCAAUUUCGAUGCCUUUGAAGUCCAUCAAGUUAACAAUAAUAAUGUGGUCAAUAAGAGACCAGCAUCUUCUCAACCUCAAUUCCAAGCUCCAAAAGUACAAUCACUCCAACAAAUUAUGCAACAAAAUAAUGCUCAACCAAAAGUAGUAAGGAAUCCAGUGAAAUCAACUCCUGUUGUACAAGAACAACCUCGUAAACCAAUGGUUAAUGUUGUUAGCAACAACAAUAACAUUAUCAAUAAUAAUAAUAUCAUUAAUAAGCAACAAGCUCAACCACCAGCAGCUGGCAAAAGACAAAGAUCAAAUAUUGUAGUUGCUGUUCGUAAAAGACCUCUUAAUGAUAACGAAAAGAAUAGAGGUGAAACUGAUAUUUUGGAAGUUGUAAAUGAUAACGAGUUAAUUAUACACGAACCUAAACAAAAAGUCGAUCUUACAAAAUUUGUAGAAAAACAUCAAUUCUGUUUUGAUGAAAUAUUUGAUGAAUAUUGUGAUAACGUUGAAAUUUAUAAUAAGACUGCUAGACCACUUGUUGAUCACAUUUUCAAUAAGGGUAAAGCCACUUGUUUCGCUUAUGGACAAACAGGAAGUGGUAAAACAUUUACCAUGAUGGGUAAAAAUGGACAAAAGGGUUUAUAUUUACUUGCUGCUAGUGACAUUUUUCAAAGACUCUCGUCAGAAUUGAGUGUUUGGAUCAGUUUUUAUGAAAUUUAUGGUGGUAAAUUAUUUGAUUUGUUGAAUAAUAGAAAGAAGGUAUUUGCUCGUGAAGAUGCUAAGAAUAUGGUCAGUAUUUGCGGAUUGACAGAAAAUAGUGUAAAUAGUGUAGAAGAUUUGAUGGGUAUGAUAGAUACAGGUCUUUCCAUCAGAGCUACUGGUUCAACUGGUGCUAACUCUGACUCCUCACGUUCCCAUGCUAUAUUACAAAUUGUUUUAAAGUACAAUGAUAAGCCAUAUGGUAAAUUCUCAUUCAUAGAUCUUGCUGGUUCUGAACGAGGUGCUGAUACAAAGAACAGUGACAAGCAAACAAGGUUGGAAGGUGCUGAUAUCAAUAAGAGUUUGUUGGCACUUAAGGAAUGUAUUAGAUCUUUGGAUCGUGGUAAGAGUCACGUUCCAUUCAGAGGAAGCAAACUGACAGAAGUAUUGAAAGAUUCUUUUAUAGGAAACUCCAAGACUGUAAUGAUUGCUAAUGCCUCACCAUCUUCUAAUUCGUGCGAACACAGUUUGAAUACAUUGAGAUAUGCUGACAGAGUUAAAGAACUCAGAAGUGGAAAUGGUAAAGCUGCCGCUAAACCAAGGCAAGAUCUCACUCCUACUCCUCAACCCCAACAACCAGUGUUCGAAAAUAUGAACAUUAAUCAAAAUAUCAAUAACCAAAUGAGAGUGAAUAAUAACUAUCAAGUUGAUAAUUAUCAAGUUGAAGAUGAUGAUAUGCAAAUGGAUGACUAUGAUAAGCAAGAAUAUGAUAUUAAGGAUUAUGAUAAACAAGACUAUGAGACUUCUGAUAACAUUGUGGACGAAGAUUUAGAUGAUGAAGAUUUUGAUGAUGCCGAUAUUAUGCAAGAAAAUAAUGAAGUUGUUUUACCUCCUCACUUCCAAGAUGUAGGAGAGGCAGAACUUGAGAGAGCUCACGAAGAACUAAUCAGUAAGAUUUUAGACGAGGAAGAAGAGGUUAUUGCCCAACACAGAGAACAUAUUGAUGACAUUAUGGAAUUAAUGAAACAAGAAAUGGAAUUACUGAACGAUGUUGAUCAACCUCAAUCAACAAUAGACAAAUAUGUAACAAGCUUAGAUUGUAUUUUGGUUAGAAAGAUUCAAGCCAUCAAAAGUUUGAGAAACAAGCUGGCGGAAUUCAAACAACACUUGCGAGAAGAAGAAAUAUUGAGCAGAAGUUUCCAAUUAAAUUAA